UGGGAAGCAAAACAAAGGAUGCUGUGGCUGCCUGAAGUUGUUGUCGUCGUCGAUGUUGCUGUCUAAUUUGGACAAAGUAAACAAGUUUUCCUGUUUCUAAUUUUACAAAUUAUAAGUUGGAAAUUCGUAGUACUUAUAUGUUUAUGUAGGCUAUCAAUACUUUUAAUGUCAAAGGUUUUCAAGUUCUAGAGGCAGUUGAAUGGAAUGCAGUCUAGUGGAGAUGGCAGGGUCCCAGUGUUUGUAUUUCCUAAUACAAUUACAUUUUAUUUGGAGGAUCAGACUACGCAUAAACAAAUCCUAACAUUGUACAACCCGUACGAUUUUGCCGUACGGUUUAAAGUUCUAAGCACAAGCCCUAGAAAGUUCACAGUAGUUGAUCCAGAGGGUUCUAUCAGACCAAAGUGCUGCAUCGACAUUGUGAUUCGCCAUGCAGCUGUCAACCUGGUCAACUGUCAAAUUGUCGACAAAUUUCGUAUACAGAUGUACGACUUCUCUACAAAACAGCUGAUAGGUCGCCGUGAUGUCACUGCCACUCUGGUGACUGGUGAACCUGACAAGUCAAUACCUGACAAGGAGUUUGAGUGUCUGGCAGCUCCCCCCUCCACUCCCUCCCAGCCGCAGCGACAGUAUAGCCUCGGUCACCGAUCUGAGAGACCUGCAUCUGCAGGUCCCAACCAAUGGUUUCUGUCAGCUGUUGCGCUAGUCUGCAUCGCAGUUCUGUGUCUGCCGCUAGAAGGGGAGAAGAGUGCAAUCUCAUGGCCAGUCACUGUCAAUGUCAAACUGGUUGUCUCCUACGUUCUAGGACUGGUCACCAUGGUGAUAUUCAGGCCAGCCUAACCUCCAUGUACAAAGCCUUGUAAUGUACAUAACCGCCUUCUGCUGUGUAAUACGCUGCUCGCUCAAGCUAGGAUCUCUCACCGCUCGUCUUCUGUGUACAGUUUUAUUUUAUAUUAAAUAUGUUUAUAACUGUGAUGUUUUAAA